AUGAGACAGUCGCCGGGGAAAGAGACAGUCGCCGGGGAAAGAGACAGUCGCCGGGGAAAGAGACAGUCGCCGGGGAAAGAGACAGUCGCCGGGGAAACAGACCGUCGCCGGGGAAACAGACCGUCGCCGGGGAAACAGACCGUCGCCGGGGAAACAGACCGUCGCCGGGGAAACAGACUGACCCCGGGGAAAAAGACCGUCGCCGGGGAAAAAGACCGUCGCCGGGGAAAAAGACCGUCGCCGAGGAAAAAGACUGUCGCCACGGAAAAAGACCGUCGCCGGGCAAAAAGACCAUCGCCGGCAAAAAGACCGUCGCCGGGCAAAAAGACCGUCGCCGGGAAAAAAGACCGGCGCCGGGAAAAAAGAUCGUCGCCGGGAAAAAAGACCGUCGCCGGGGAAAAAAGACCAUCGCCGGGAAAAAAGAACGAUGCUACAAAAAAGACCGUCACCGGGAAAAAAGACCGUCGCCGGGAAAAAAGACCGUCGCCGGGAAAAAAGACCGUCGCUACAAAAAAGACCGUCGUCGCUACAUAA